GGCGGCGGCGGGUCCCGGUCCCGGCGCGGGUCCCGGUCCCGGCAUGACCUCAGCGGGGGAGGCGGCCGGUUCCCCCCCGCUGCCCGCCGCGGUCGGCGGCCACCGGCGGAGCCCCCUGGACCGGCUCCCGCCCCCCGCCAACACCACCAAACCGCUGACCCCCUUCGGCAUCGAGGACAUCCUGGGACGCCCCCGCGGCGGGAGCCCCCCCGGGACCGGGACCGGUCCCGCCGCCCCCCCCGCCCCGACAGGGCCCCGCGGCGGCGGCGGCGGCUGCGCCCCGGCCUCGCCGCUCUGGGCGCUGGAGGAACUCGCCAGUAAAACCUUCCAGGGGCUGGAGCUGGGAAUGCUGCAGGCGGCCGGAGGUCCGUCCCCGCCGGGCGCCUCGGGCCCGCGCCCUCCCUGCAGGAAGCGCCGCAAGUCCCGGACCGCGUUCACGGCGCAGCAGCUGCGGGAGCUGGAGCAGCGAUUCCGGCGGCAGCGCUACCUCUCCCCGGUGGACCGGGACGCGCUGGCGGCGCGGCUGGCGCUCUCCGCCGCCCAGGUCAUCACCUGGUUCCAGAACCGCCGCGCCAAGCUCAAGCGGGACCUGGAGGAGCUGCGGGCGGACGUGGCCUCGCUGCAAGCGCUGCCCCCCGCCGCCCUGCAGCAGCUGGCGGGGCUGCCCGAGCCCCCGGGGGCUCCCGGGACCGCCACCGGGACCGCAGAGCCCGCCGAGCUCUCAGAGGAGGAGAUCGACGUGGCGGACUGAGCCGAGCACGCUCGGCUCCUCUCGGCUCCGUUCCGAUCCACUCGGACCGAGACCACUCCGUUCGGAUGCAGGCGGCUCCAUUCGGGCCGGCUCGGCUUAGUUCGGAUUCCCUCGGGUCGGCUCCGAUGGACUCCGUUCGCCUCCGUUCGGGUGCACUCGGCUCCGUUCGGACUGACUCGGCUCCGCCACAUCCGUUCGGCUCGGUUCCGAAUGGAGCCGAGCCCAGCCCCGCCCCCUCGGUGCACCCUUUUUCGGCUUUUUUCUUUUUUAUUUUAUUUUCUAUCAGCCCCGGUGUAAAUAUUUGCAAUAAAGGCGACACCUUAAUAUGGACCCCACAGCCCGCCACCCCCCACUUUUUUCCGGGCGAGCACCUCCCACCGCGGGCAUUAAUUUGUUUUAACCGGUGAUUAAUUACCGGCUGCGGCCGCCCCUGCCCCCCUCAAUUUGCAUAUUAAUCAAAUUGUAUUUGAUCUCACGCCUGUCACCACACCCCGCGAAGCUCCUGUCACCAGCCAGUGACAUUAAGGGGAGGUGGAGACCCCCCCCUCGCUGUCCCCCGGGGCUGGAGUGACACGGGGAGU